AUGUCACAAACUGAUGCUACCACAAAAUUGGAUGCUAAUACACUAGACCAACUGAGGUCAAUUAGACCAAUUAAUCCAAUGAGUGAUGAAGAUCAAGAAAUUGAAAAUCCAGUCACUUUAUUUUUCAAAAGAGAAGAUCUUUAUAUUUUGACAAAAGUGUUUCCAAAUUGGCAAAAUUAUGCAAUAAGUCUCACUGAAUUAUUAACAAUGUUCCAAGAUGCAACUAAUGACACUGAACAAGAACAGGAACCGGAACAGGAGCAUGAACAAGAAAUACAGCAGGAAGUACAGCAAGAAAUACAGAAGGAAAAACCCGUGCAACAGCAAGUACUGGAGACUAAUGCUGCACCAGAACCUAAAACUACAACAAAAAUUAAUGCAGACAAUACUCCUCAAAAGGAACCAUCAAUACAGGAGCCAACUAUAACGAAAGAUAUUACAAAGGAAUCUGAAUUACAAAAGCAACAGCCCAAUGAACAAAUACCUGAACAACCACAACCAAUACCGCGGCAGCAGGAAGCUAUACAGCAGCACGAACCUAUAGUAAGUACAAACACUACUAGAGUCAACACCUCAGCAGUUAUGGAAACUACAACCACAGCUGCUGCUAAAACUACAACUACAACUACAACUUCAACUCCUACUCAAACUACAACUAAGAAACAAGAAACAAAUAAACAUCAACAAACCAUCGAAACACCAUCAACCAACAUUAGUACAGCUUCAACUCAUAAUACUGACACGAACACUAAGAAUAAUAAUAUUACUAAUAACAAUAAUGACAGUAAUAAAAUAAAUGGAACCGCUCCCUCAGUACAUACAUCCACGGCUGUAACUACAACUGCAACUACAAGUACAAAUACAGAUACAGAUACAGAUACAGAUACAAAAGCAAAACCAAACGCAUCUAAAGCCGUGAUUGGUAAUGAUAAACAAAUUAUUUAUCAAGAAAAAUUAUGGUUAAUUGAUAAUAAUAAAUGGCCAGCCCCAUCAGCAGAUUGUAAUGCCAAUAUUUAUUGGUCUAAAUUAACAACAUUAACAAUUACAAAUAUGGAGAAUCUAGAUUACAUAUCAACUUUUGAUAUGGAAAAAUAUCUUCUCGAUAUGACAAACUUUUGGAUCGAUCAAACGCAAAUUUGGAUUGAUCAAUUGAAAGAUAUAUCUCCAAAUAGAGCAACAAGUUUUAUCAUGUUUGCUGCUGAUUUUGAAAAUAGUUUUGAAGAAUUGAAAUUAAAUCAAUUAUUAACUUUAAAAUCAUUCAAUAAUUCAAUGAAAAAGACAAUGAAAAAUAUUCCAUUAUAUGAAGCUGAAAAUAUAUUCUUAACAAUUAUCUUGAAGAGUCUUUUCCCCGACAUAGUGGACAUGUCAUUACCAGCAUAUGUCAAUUGGGAACUCGUUAAAAAGACAUUCGUUAAAAUUAACGUUCCCAUAGUUUUACAGACUAUAUUGCAUGACUUUAAAUUGAAUUCUUGGACAAGAGAAACCCAUAUUAGAACAUGGAUUAAUAAAAUUAAUGCAUUUAAUCAAUUUGAAAGAAAGCCACCAAUCCCAAACGAAAUCAUCAAAAGGGAAUUACUAAAUUCAUUUGAAGAAUAUUAUCAAGGAAAAUAUCGUGAGUGGUCAAGACAAUAUAGGAAUGUGGGGACUCCAUUAGAUAAAGUCAUUCAAAGAAUUGAUUUGAUAAGUUAUACUAAUCAAAUUCAAAACAAAAUACGAGACCCAAAUCAUAAUUCUAUUACUAGAUCAAUUGGCGAUUCACCAACCAAACGUUCCAAUUCAUUGAUAAACACGAAUGCUUAUUCUCAUAGUAUUCCAAGUACACCAGUGCAUAAUUCCGAUAUGAACUUGAAAAAUGUAAAUAGACAAACAACUUCAUACGAGGGAAAUAACAACAACAAUAAUAAUAAUGUAAACACGUCUCCUAAAAGUGAAACUUCCCCAUCAACUGAGUAUUAUAUAUGA